AUGGCGUCUUUCGAAGAAGCGAAGGAGAUGCAGAGCAGCACGAGAGCCGGCGAGGCCCUUACCUCGUGUGGUUAUAUGCUCCUCUGGGGCGUCUGUCUUUACCUCGUGUGGGCGUAUGUUCCAAACAGUGUUCUUCUCUCCAUCGGCCUGUCAUACUAUCCCUCAAAGCACUGGGCGUCUGUCAUCCCAGCGUUCCUUAUAGUCACCGUCGUCUGCGCCCUCCUGCUCUACUCGGGUGUCAACCGUCUUUCCGUGCAGCCCGCCUCUUCCAAAUUCUCCAUCCAUGACAAUUUCGCACGGAUGCAGCCCCCUAUGACCCACACCAUCUUCCACCCAGUCUCGCAGCCACCCCAUCAACCCUCCCAUACCCCAUCACCACUUCCACCAUCCUUGGACCCACCGUCUACAGUAUCUACUCACAAUAGUCUUGGCGACAACACGCGCCUGCUUCGGAAGGCUCCAGAGGAGGAGGAGGAGGAGGAGGAGGAGGAGGAGGAGGAGGAGGAGGAGGAGGAGGAGGAGGAGGAGGAGGAGGAGGAGGAGGCGAUGCAGGCGGAGGGCGUGCGGGAGGUGGCCGUGGCAACUGGCCUGGAGGUGCUGUACCAGGAGACCCCCAACUACCGCGGAGCGGCGGCCAAGGCUGACUGCAUGAUCGAGCCAAGGGAGACGGCUAGGCAUGCCUGGCGAGUGCCAGACCUGGGCGUAGAGCCUGUUGCUAGUGCUGCAGAGGAGGCGGUUACUGAGGGGGGUUAG